AUGUCGUUCCUGGACCAGCUCAAGGACUACAAGUUCGUGGACAAGGCCGGCAAGGACUGCGGCCUCAACGUGCGCAACCGGGCCAAGGAGCUGGCGUCGCUCACGGCCGACCAGCAGCGCAUACUGGAGGAGCGCGAGAAGGCGCAGAAGAACAAGUCCAAGUACGGGGGCGUGGGGCGGGAGGAGGCGACCAGGUUUGGCGGCUUCGGCCCGUCGAAGUUUGGAACGGGAGGCUUCGGCGGGGCCGGCGGCUUCGGCUCGACCUACGAUUCCGAUGCGGGAUUCAGGGCCUCCGCGCCAUCCUCCGGCGGGAAGGCCUCCGCCGCGGCGGAGGAUGACGACGAGGACCCCUUCGAGGCGACGAAGAAGCGGAUCGACAGGCUGAAGGCCAACGGGGGGAUCGGGGAGGAGGCCGAGGGCCGGCCAAGGGUGCCUCCCUCCGCGGCCCAGCCGGCGACAUCGGAGCCGGAGAAGCGCAAGGGCCCCAAGACCCUGUCGGACGUGAAGGUGAACCCAGACAUCGCCAAGGCGUUCCUGAAGGGCGGGCCCGCGGGGGGCGCGGCCAAGCCCAGGGAUCUGGGCGACCUGCUGGGGGGCGCCCCAGCGGCCGGCUCGACGAACGGGGGCGCCAGCGCGAUGGAUCAGCUGGCGGGAUUGCACGUAGGGGCGCCCGCGAGCGGGGUGGACUUGCUGGCUGGCCCGGUGCCACAGCAGGGCGGGGGAGGGCAGGAGGCCUGGGAUGCCUUUGGCAACAAUGGCGGGGCUGCUGGCGGGCAGGACCCAUUCUUGGCGAUGUCAGCACCGGCGGUUCAGCCCGCGGCGGCCCCCCAGCCCGUGGACGACUUUGCGGACUUCGCCUCCGCCCCGCCCAAGGCGCCUGCGGACCCAUUUGCUGCCCUGGGGGGUGCGGCGCCGGCUGCGCAGACUGCGGCAUUUGGCAAGGGCGUGGGCGGGGCCGGGGGCGCCCCAAAGGCCGCCCUACCCGCGGAUAUGUUUCUUGACGCCCCAGCUGUGCCUUUGGGGAUGCCGCAGGCCAUGACGGGAGGAAUGCAGCCUGGCGGGAGUGUAGCAAAGGGGGGGAUGGCAGCAAUGGGAGUAACACCGGGCAUGGCCGGUUUUCAGCAGCCAGCAAGCGCUGCUGGUGGGGCAACAAUGCCCAUACUGAAUGCGGGAAUGGGCAUGGGCAUGUCACAGGGACCUGCGCCCACUGGAGGCUACCAGGGUUUGGUGCAGCCUGGCCUGGGAGCAGGUCCAAUGCAAUUGAAGCAGACCAGCACUGGCAUGCCAUCAAUGACGAUAGGAGCGGUGCCCAUGCUUGCUCCAGCGGCACCAGCAGUGAAGAGCGGCUUCACAAAUGCUCUUGUGGACAGCGGGGCACCAAUGCGGCCAGGCGCAGCACGACCAGUGUCAACCACAAAGAAGGAUCCUUUUGCCGAUUUGGGUGCACUCUGA